CCGAGGAGGGAGGCAGAGAGAGUAAGCAGGGGUGGGAGCAAUGCAGGUCUUCUCCUCUCCCAAAUCCCAAUUCCCUCUCUUCCCUUCCCCUUCCUCCCCGAAUCCUAACUCUAACCCGAAUCUCAUACCCAGAUCCUUCUCCCACCUCCCGAUCCGAUCCUUCUCCUCUCUUCCCCUCCUCAGAUCUCCUCCCUCCUCUUCCAAGACCUCAUCACCUGCCCCCCUUCAAGAACAGGUCCUCUCGUCCGUGUCAGACGACGACGAGAUCGAAGAGGACUUGGAGGACCCAGAUGAGGGGGGCGGUCCAGAGGGACUCCUCGUUGUCCGUCGGCCGGUGAAGGAGGGUCUCGAAGAAGCGGCGGUCAGUUCUUUGGUGGAAUCCGACAAGACGAGCGGGGGUGAGGAGAAAACCACGCCUUCUUCGAAUAUUGAUAGGCGGCUGUCGGACUUCGCGAAGAAGAUGCCGAUGUUUGAACCGGAGCGGGUCGUAGGUGCCGAGGAGAGGCCGCUGGGGAUUAACUUGGAGUUGGCUUUGUAUCGAGCCAAGGUCCUCAUUAGGAAUUUCCAGUUUAAAGAAGCUGAAGAAAUUCUCCUUAAGUGCAUCUCAUUUUGGCCUGAAGAUGGACGAGCCUACGUGGCCCAGGGAAAGCUUUUAUGCAAGCAGUCAAAAUUUGCAGAAGCUAGGUCAGUUUAUGAAAGAGGUUGUCAAGCUACACAGGGAGAAAAUUCCUAUAUUUGGCAGUGUUGGGCUGUCCUUGAAAAUAAGGCUGGAAAUAUACGUAGAGCAAGAGAACUCUUUGAUGCUGCUACUGUAGCUGACAAGAAACACAUUGCAGCUUGGCAUGGAUGGGCAGUUCUAGAAAUAAAGCAAGGAAAUAUAAAGAAGGCAAGGAAUCUUCUCACCAAAGGACUUAAAUACUGUGGUGGAAAUGAGUACAUAUACCAAACUCUUGCAUUACUUGAAGCAAAAGGGAAGAGGUUUAAGAGGGCAAGGUAUUUGUUCCAGCAAGCUACCAAAUGCAAUCCCAAAAGUUGUGCCAGUUGGCUAGCAUGGGCUCAGGUAGAAAUGCAACAACAGAACAAUUACACUGCUCGAAAGCUCUUCGAGAAAGCAGUACAGGCCAGUCCAAAGAACAGGUUUGCAUGGCAUAUUUGGGCAUUGUUCGAAGCAAAUCAGGAGGGUGAUAUCGACAAAGGAAGGAAACUUUUGAAGAUUGGUCAUGCAGUAAACCCUAGAGAUCCUGUCAUACUUCAGUCUCUUGCCUUGCUGGAAUAUAGGCAUUCAUCUGCAAAUCUUGCUCGUGUCCUGUUCAGAAAGGCAUCUGCACUAGACCCGAGGCACCAACCUGUUUGGAUUGCUUGGGGAUGGAUGGAGUGGAAAGAAGGAAACAUUAACACAGCAAGGGAACUUUACCAAAGGGCUUUAUCAAUUGAUUCAACUACUGAGAGUGCUGCUCGUUGCCUUCAGGCAUGGGGUGUCUUAGAGCAAAGAAAUGGCAACCUAACAGUUGCUAGAAGAUUGUUUAGAUCUUCACUAAACAUAAAUUCUCAAAGUUACAUAACAUGGAUGACAUGGGCAUCAUUGGAGGAGCAGCAAGGUAAUCCUGUACGAGCUGAAGAAAUUCGUAACCUUUAUUACCAGCAGCGCACAGAAGUUGUGGAUGACGCUUCGUGGAUAAUGGGCUUCGUUGAUAUCAUCGACCCUGCUCUUGAUAGCGUAAAGCGACUGCUAAAUUUGGAUCAGAGCUCUGAUCUGAAAGGGCAGGAAAUCCUGAGAAGCUUGGAAGAAGCAAAUUACAGCUCCAGUGAAGCUUCAAGCAAUCCUGAUAACCGUGAGAUGGAAGUCGCGGAGUACGUAGGUUCUCAUGACAGUGAUUUUGACUUGGAUGGUUUUGUUGGAGAAAAACUGUCCCUCGAUGUAUCCGACUUGGACGCUCUGAUGGAAGCUUUUGAGCAUAAGAGAACAAAGUCUCGUCGACGACGAGUAGGGAUCUGGGAACGGAAAAUUGUUCUGGUUCAGCAUUGAGCUUUACCAUUGACAAGUAAGUAAUCAUCCGCAAUGCAUUUGCAGUCGCGAUCACAGCAAAUGCGUUUGAUUUGGAGCUCCGAGGGUGGAUCUCUUCUUCAUCUUCUGCUUAUGGCCUUUGGGUAAGUGUUUGUCCAUCUCACGUUUAAGAUUACGAAGGGGAAUCCUUCAAGAUUUCAGCUUUCUUGUAGAUAAUUUGGAUCUUGUGUGUUUAAAGUGUUGUUUUCAAUGGAAAAAUCAAUCAGAACAAUUUGACUGUGUUUUUCAAAGUCUAUAUUGUAACACUUUUUAUUUACAAAGAAUAAGUUAAAAUCUUUACUAUCA